AGACACCUUCUCAAGGUUCGAAAGUUGCCCAAACCCCCCGCCCCCACCUCUUCCAGACAAGACGACCACAACGUCUGGAAGCAGCGGAGAGAGCCUUUCUGAGCAACAUACACGCGGCGCCUCUCUCUCCGCCUCUCUCUCCGCCUCUCUUUCCCUCCCUCACCCGAUCCAAUCCUUCCUCCUAUACUAGCCGCCCAGCAUGCCUCCCAAGAAGGUGGACAAGGCCCCGGCCAAAAAGGUCGAUGCCAAGAAGGCCGUCGAUGACAAGACCUUUGGCAUGAAGAAUAAGAAAGGUGGUGCGGCCCAGAAGCAGAUCAAGCAGCUGCAGGCACAAGCCAAGAGCGGAGGCACUGCAGAGCAGAAGAAGAAGGAAGCAGAAAAGGCCCAGCGCGAGCGGGAGAAGAAGGCCGCCGAGGACGCCAAGAGGGAGCAGGAGGCCCUGCUCAACAAGCCUGCACAGGUCCAGAAGGUGCCGUUCGGCGUCGACCCCAAGACGGUACUGUGUAUUUUCCACAAGAAAGGAAACUGCGAGAAGGGCAAGAAGUGCAAGUUCUCGCACGACUUGGAGCUGGACAGGAAGACGGACAAGAGGAGCUUGUAUCAGGACACGAGGCAAGAGGACGAGGAGAAGAAAAAGGCCGAGACCUCGGCGGACUGGGACGAGGAGAAGCUGCGGUCCGUUGUCUUGUCCAAGAAGGGCAACCAGCGCACAUCGACGGACAAGGUCUGCAAAUACUUUAUUCAGGCUAUCGAGGAUGGCAAAUACGGGUGGUUCUGGAUCUGCCCUAAUGGGGGUGACAAGUGCAUGUACAAGCACGCUCUGCCACCUGGAUUCAUCCUCAAGACGAAAGAACAACGAGCGGCGGAGAAGGCCCUGCUGGACAAGUCGCCACUUAAGACACUAACGCUUGAAGAUUUCUUGGAGUCCGAACGGCACAAGCUCACUGGCAAGCUGACACCUGUGACUCCCGAGUCCUUUGCCGAGUGGAAAAAGAAACGUCUGGACAAGAAGGCCGCCGAGGAACAGGCCCGCAAAGCCAAGGAAGCGACAGGUCGUGCGCUGUUCGAGAGCGGCAACUGGCGUACACAAAGCGACGACGAGGCCUCGGACUCAGACUCGGGCGCCGAGAUCGACGAAAACGACGACGAGGACGACGACGCAUGGAAUCUGGAGAAGCUCCGGCAGGAGACAGAAGCGCUACGGCAGAAGAAGGAGGACGAACGAAUCGCAAAGGAGCACGGUGCUCCUCCACAGGAUCAGGAACCACACAACGACGCAGAAGCAAGCCCUUCUGUGGAUACUUUGGACACGGCGGAGGGGGGCAAGGCUGAAACCUCCGGAGAGACUGCUGAAACCAAUGGCACUGCUGACACGACUGCAGCCACAUGAAAAGAGCAUGGGAACUCCGUGCAAUUCAUAUCAUGUUGGAUCGGACAGGCGAGCCCGACUGCAUGCCGGCGAGUGAUCAUAUCUGCGUCGCACCUCAAGACAAGGCUCAGGUGCACACCGAAUGAUUGUCAUCCAUAGAGAUGGCAUCGCCGACAUGCGGGCGGUCGCACUGAUCGCCCCGAGAGCAUAUUCUUUUUCUUCACCACAUCCACGGCCUACACAGUUGACUGGACAGGAAAGAACUAUAUCAGGAGCCUAGGACAUUUUGGAGGGAUAGUGUGGUCUCAAAUCAAUUCAAUCUACGCCUAAGUCUUC